AAAAAAAAAAAAAGGAAAGAAAAUGGUUUGUUUUUGGAUUCCUUUAACUAGAACCUCCCCCCUGCCCCCACUGAAUUGAGUAUAUGACUUGGCCUUUGACCCUGGGCUGCAUUAAUAGGAGCAUGGUGCUCAGAUGGAGGGAGGAAACAGUCCUGCUUCAUGCUACACAGAACUAACCAUCCCACAUGGCAUAUGGAGCGCCUUAUUUAACAAGACACUGAUGAGCCGGUUGGCAUCUAUAGGAGGGCAGCUGAACUCUUUCUGGGAAGGGUCUAUUUCCAAACAACAGUAAAGAACAGUUCUUUUACCAGUGUCACCACUUGGACUACAAGCUCUAAAGCUCUAUCCAUUGGUCUUCACCUGUGAGACUGGUUAAUGUUCCCGUUUUGUGACGACAGAACCACGGUUCUGGGAGGUUACGUUCACACACUAUGAAAUGACAGCUUGAACCAGGUCCACUGCCUUCUGCUCCUUGUCCUGGAGUUACCGUGUGCUGCCACGGGCAUUGUGACCACGGUCCUGCUCAGCUUUACACAUUCUGGCACAUUGUAGUUUGCCCUGGAUGAGGUCACACACAGAAGCCGUCCACGCAGCCCACCUGGGCAGAGGACAGGGCUGAGCUGACAGGCUCUGGGACCCAACGGGCUCAUCUUGAAUCCCUGCUUGAUGGUCUUAUCAGCUGCCUCGCGGUGCCUCAUCUGCAAGAUGGGGAGGGGAGUAGUACCCACCUCAUAAGGCUGUUGUUGUGAUUAAUAUGUUUGCUAACCAUCAGUGCAGCGUCUGGGCAUGGUCAGUCCCCUGUAGCUGUCAGCUAGCAUUAUUACUUCCAUGUGGCAGUUGAGAAACUGAGGCUCCAGAGAGACAGAGCAGCUCCCUAGGCACCCGGGGCUGGCUGUUGCCCCUCAGACCUAGCCACUACGGGCCUGUCCCCAGUUAGCUGGGGGAUGGUACCCCUACCCACAUGGGGCCUCCAUAGUCUGUCUUCUGGGCCUCCGUUUCCAGCUGCCAACAAAAGCAUCAGAUGGGAUCACCCCCUGGUUCUGUCUGCUAGAUAACAGGUUUGCUUAGCAGUGGCCCCAGCACACUAAGUGCUGGAAUCCAGGCUGGGCUGGCAGAGUUCCGCGCUGGUGGGAUCUCUCCUCCUCCAUCAGUCAGCAGCCACCUUGUCCAGCUCUCCCUGGGCCAGCCUUGACCUCACACAGGUGGCAACCCUUUGUCCUCCCUCCCCACUCUCACUAAUAAUCUUCUGGGUCCCAACCAGAUCAUUAUGCUCCUGCUUUGCUUCCAGAAACCUAAGGCAAGGCUCUCAAACUCUCAGGUCUAUCAGAACAGCCUGGGAAAUGAAUGGGACCCUAAGGGACCUUGAACCAAAGGCUGAUUCUACAGGACUGCAGUGGGGCCUGGGCACCACACCUUUCACAUCUCCCUUACCCCUGGUCCCUCAUAUGCACCUUGUCCCCUCCUAGCAGUUUCCACCCAGAGUGGCUGUGCAUGCUGAGAACUCUCAUGUGGGAAUCAGAGGAAGAGUUUUAUUUUUAUAAGAGGAGAACUGCAUGAUCUUAACAAAUCUAAUGGUGAUUUAACAUCCCUCUUCUUAUUCUGACGCCACAUGAUUAAAACCAUCAAGAAUGACAAAGGUUCCAUUUAUAAGAAAGUCCUGGAAUCAUACAAAAAAUUAUUCAUAUUCAAUUAGUUAUACUUGAACAACUCAUGGGUCCCUUAUUCGGGUGGAGUAUUGAUUCAUUCAUUCAGUAAUUGCUUCUGAGUCCCUGCCCUGUGUCCCACACUGGGAGAAGCCUGUGGGGAUACCAUGGUGAGGGAGGGAGGCCAGGCUUCUGCUUUUAGUAAGAGGACUUCGGAUAGAGGAAUGUGUUACCUGAAGAAAGAAAGACAAGGCAAUAUGAUAGGGACCAGAGAUCUAGCCUAGACUGACCAACGACGACAACUUUCCUGAGGAGGUGAUAUUUGAGCUGACAUGCAAGUGCUAAGAAGUUACCAGCCUUGUGGUCACCUUAGCAGAGUGUUUCCAUCAGAGGGAAGUAGAGAUGGACGGGUCCAAGGUGGAAGAAAGUAGGUAAGGGAUGGGCAGAGGGACAGUAGAGGUGUGGGAGAGGGACUAGGGCCAGCCAAGACAGGACCUUGUAGGCUGCAAAGGAAAGACUUCAUUUUAUCCUGAGUGCCAGGGGCAGAGGAAGUAGAGGGAUGGAGUUUGUGACUUCACAAAAGGUCAGUCACCUUGGGUGUUGGGUGGUGUGGAAUGUGGUAGAAGCAGCUGUGGUCUCAAGGAGACCAGUGAGGCAGCAGCUGCAGCGGUUCACAAGAUGGCGACUUGGGCUGAGGGGCAGUGGUGAUAGAGGGGAGCGCACACAACUUCUGGAGACUGGACUGGUCAGUGAGACUGGUGACGGAUGGGAUGAGAGGAAAGAAAAGGAGGAACCAAGGAUACUUCUUGGAAACACGGGCUGAGGCUUCAUCUUCGGAACCCCUACUCCUUCACCCCAAUGCUGGAAGAGAGCAUGGGGAGCAAGGUGCCCAGGUCCCUUCUUCUGGGCACAGACAUGGCGGAAAACCAGAAGCAGAUUGCCCAGUUUUCACGGAAGGAUGCCCAGGCCUUUCCCAAAUAUGAGGCAUUCAUGAAUCGGUUGGCUUUAGCCAUAGACCCUCUGCUGGAUGCAGCUCCCGUGGACAUGGAGGCCUUCCAGAGGGGUUCCCUGUGGCAAAGGCUCCGGUCGCUCUCCACACUCAAACCCCUGCUGCAGGCAGGUCGCAUACUGGGAGCCCAGCUGCCCCAGUAUUACCAGGUCCUCACAGCUCCAAUUAUAAAGGUGCUGGAUCAGUGGUUUGAGUCUGAGCCUCUAAAAGCCACUCUGGCCACGGAUGCUGUGAUUGGAGCCAUGACAAGUCCCCACACUCCGGGGAGUGGGUAUGUGCUGCUACAUCACGUGAUGGGGGGUCUGGAGGGGAUGCAGGGGGCCUGGGGCUAUGUCCAGGGUGGCAUGGGUGCUCUCUCUGAUGCCAUCACAAGCUCAGCCACCGCACAUGGAGCAAGCAUCUUCACUGAAAAGGCAGUGGCUAAAGUGCUGGUGAGCAGUGAAGGACGCGUCCAAGGAGUUGUGCUGCAAGAUGGCUCGGAGGUGAGGAGCAAAGUGGUGCUGUCCAACGCAUCCCCACAGGUCACCUUCCUGAAGCUGACACCACAGGAAUGGCUUCCUAAGGAGUUCGUGGAGAGAAUCUCCCGGCUAGACACCAAGUCACCUGUUACCAAGAUCAAUGUGGCUGUCGACAGGCUGCCUGACUUCCUGGCGGCUCCCAAUGCUCCAGGGGGCCAGCCACUGCCCCAUCACCAGUGCUCCAUCCACCUGAACUGUGAAGACACACUCCUCCUCCACCAGGCUUUUGAAGAUGCCAUGGAUGGCCUGCCUUCCCACAGGCCUAUGAUUGAGCUCUGCAUCCCUUCCUCGCUGGACCCCACCCUGGCUCCCCCCGGCUGCCAUGUGGUCUCCCUCUUCACUCAGUACACUCCCUACUCGCUGGCCAGAGGCAAGGUGUGGGAUGAGCAGGAGAGAAACGCUUAUGCAGACAAAGUGUUCGACUGCAUCGAGGCCUACGCCCCUGGCUUCAAGGGCUCUGUGGUGGGCAGGGACAUCCUCACACCACCUGAUUUAGAGAGAAUCUUUGGGCUUCCCGGAGGCAACAUCUUCCACUGUGCCAUGACCCUGGACCAGCUCUACUUCGCCCGCCCCACGCCCCUGCACUCCGGCUACCGCUGUCCUCUCCGGGGCUUGUACCUCUGCGGAAGCGGCACCCACCCAGUUCCCUUCCAGGAGGAGGUGUCAUGGGAGCCCCUGGACGCAAUGCAGCUCAUGUUGUCUUCAGAGACCUCAAGAGCAUGUGACCCUGAGCCAACUCUGACCCAGGAAUAAGAAUCCAUCCUGGAGAUUUUAAGUCCCCUUUGGGUCAGCUUCCCAGGAUAUGGCUGGAGGCAGACAAGCCCUCGUGCUCAAGCCACUGUUUUAGAAGAACCAUACAGGUUACAUUUGAUACUUGUUAACCUUGCACCCAUGACUUGGAUGAAUUGGUUUUGUUUUAUUAAAAACAGUGUUUUGUAUAGA